AUGCAGGCCCUCAAGUCCAGCGACCAGCCCGCAGGACCGAGCUCGGCGCCCGCCGCCGCUCCUGUGCCUAAGAAGACGCAGGAUGGAGGCAGCAAGGCAUCGAUUCACUAUCCCUUCUGGUUCGGCGGCAGCGCCAGCUGUAUGGCUGCGUUUGUAACACAUCCCCUGGAUCUAGUCCAUACUAACACACCCUCUCCCAAAACCUCCCAGGUGCGGCUACAGAUGCGCACGGGCGACAUGCCCAAGAACAUGAGCGGCACCUUUGUCCACAUCGUCCGCAACAACGGCGUGCUGGGCCUGUACAACGGCCUCUCCGCCUCCGUCUUCCGCCAGAUCACCUACUCCACCGUCCGCUUCGGCAUCUACGAGGAGCUCAAGUCGCGCGCCGAGGCCCGCGCCCGCGACAGGGGCGCCGGGCGGCCCUCGUCCCUGGCCCUCGUCGGCAUCGCCACCGUGUCCGGCUUCGUCGGCGGCUUCGCCGGCAACGGCGCCGACGUGCUCAACGUGCGCAUGCAGCACGACGCCGCCCUGCCGCCCGAGCAGCGCCGCAACUACCGCCACGCCCUGCACGGCCUCGCCACCAUGGCCCGCGAGGAGGGCAUCGCGCGCGCCUGGCUGCGCGGCGUCUUCCCCAACGCCGUGCGCGCCGCCGCCAUGACGGCCUCGCAGCUCGCCAGCUACGACACGUGCAAGCGCCUGCUCAUGGCCAACACGCCGCUCGGCGACACCCUCUCCACCCACUUCGCCGCCAGCUUCAUGGCCGGCGUCGUCGCCGCCACCGUCACGAGCCCCAUCGACGUCGUCAAGACGCGCGUCAUGGCCAGCGGCGACCACGGCCUCGCCAGCGCCCUCAAGGAGCUCUUCGCCGCCGACGGCAUGCGCUGGAUGUUCAAGGGCUGGGUGCCUAGCUUCCUGAGGCUGGGACCGCAUACCAUUGCGACUUUCGUCUUCCUAGAGAUGCACCGCAAGGUCUAUCGCAAAACCAAGGGCCUAGAGAGUUAG